AUGUCCCAGUUUGAAUGUGGAAGUAUGCGGUUUUUUUCUCGUUUUGCAGUGAAGGGUGGAAAGAAUUCGAUUGAGCGCAAGUCCACGGAAUCUUCGGUAACUGUCCCGGAUGUACCAAGCAUAGAUACACUGUUUGCAAAGAUCGAGGCAGGCGGCGCUGGCCUUACCGAAUUCGCCAGUGCAACAGGCCUGCCAAACAGGUUCCUUCUCCCCAAGGGCAACGAUAAGGGUCUGGAAUUCGACCUUGUGGUAGCGGUGACUGAUGGUGAUGCCGACGCAGCAGUGCCCGGUCUUCAUGAGAAUACCAAAUACAAUCACUACGGCGCUAAUGGCGUGUACCCCGAUAAGCGUCCACAUGGUUAUCCUCUGGACCGCAAAGUUCCAGAUGAACGCGUGUUUGAAGAGCUUCCUAACUUUAAGCACAUCCAUGUUAAGGUCUUCAAUCACGGUGAACACAUUCAUGGCUAGUGAUGUCAGCUGACAUCUCUUCAUAUGACUCUGACGAUUAAUUGUUUCCCACAAUAAAAAGCAUACAAACGC